UUAUGUGUGCAAUGUAUAUGUUGUGGUCAAACCCCGUUGCGCAGGCGUUACUAGAGGUUUGUUCUUUCCAGCUGCACUGGUACUGCACUAGUUCUGAACUAGAACUGGCAAACAUGGCAGAAAUUUCAUGAGUGCAGGAACUCGGAUAGGAGUGGAAAGAACGUUAUAGUGCAAGAAUCAAUAUGGAGCAAUACGUGGUUUUUGACGCUUCCUCAGAUGAAGAAGAUUUUAUUCUUCCUCCAGCACCAUUAUAUGAAGAACCUGUCAGGGACGAAGAAAAUGAUAUUUAUGACGAGUUACAAAUACUACAUCCAGUUUUUGGACGACUUCAAAGGAUACAGCAUGUAAAAAUAUUGAAUUAUGUAGAAAAUAUUGUUAACAAUUAUGACAAUAUUGAUUUUAUUAUGCACUUUCGUUUGUCAAGGGAAAAAACAUACGAAUUAAUAAAUAAAUUUAGAAUAUCUGAAAUAUUUAUUUCUUUGCAAGAUGAUGCUGGGCGACCUAAUAUAACAGCAGAGAAACAUAUAUUGUGUUUCCUAUGGUUCGUAGGUCAUGAAAGUGCUUCUUAUCGCGAUGUAGCUGACCGAUUUGGAGUAACAAUAAGUACUUUGUACCACAUAAUAACUAGAGUAACAGAUUUUAUAAUGUUACUAGCACCAAAUGUUAUUAAAUACCCAACUUUAGCAGAAAAAGAAGAAACUGCAACAUUUUAUAGAGAAAGAAAAGGAUUUCCUGGUAUAAUCGGUGCUAUUGAUGGUUCGCAUAUUAGAAUUGAUAAACCAAUAGAAAAUCCAGAAUCAUACGUCAACCGAAAACAAUAUUUUUCUUUGCAUAUUCAAGGAACAGUGAAUCAUAAAAUGCAGUUUAUUGAUGUUUUCAUAGGAUAUCCUGGUUCUGUUCACGAUGCACGAGUUUUUAAGAAUUCACCAUUGCGUAACGAUCUACGUGAAUUGUGUGCAGAUAACUAUAUUUUGCUUGGAGAUAGCGCAUAUCCAUGUUUGAAAGAAUUAAUUGUACCGUACAGAGACAAUGGACAUUUGUCACGUGCACAAAGAAUUUUUAAUCAAAAACUAAGUUCCUGUAGGGUAAUUAUUGAAAAUGCUUUUGGAUGUCUAAAACAACGUUUUCGACAACUAUAUUAUUUUAAAUUACGUGAUAUAGUACGCAUGGUACGUGUAAUACAUGCGUGUUGCGUACUUCAUAAUAUGACAAGUUUAGAAGAUUUACAAUAUCUUGAAGAACCUAUAAAUGAUCAGUAUCCUGAUAUGGGAGCACAAAACGUAUAUAUUAAUAUUAAUGAAGCAGUACGAGACCAUGAUACUGGAGUACAUAUCCGAAAUGAAUUAUGUCAUUUAUUAUCAAUAAAUAAUAAUGAAUAAAAUUAAAGAAAAGCAAUC